GACUGCCUUGUGCUCCUAGCCGAGAGGUUGUCCUCUGCGAGGGUUAGGAUUCGCAGUUGUAUAAAUUACUACGUGUUAGCAGUGGUUCGUCUUUUCUGAGGUGAAGAUAAAGUUGAAGGUCAAAGGAUGACAUCCAGAGGGACGCCCAGCCGCUUCCUGAAGAGCGUUCUUCAGAACGGUGUGGGCCGAUACGUGUGUCAGCUGAAACGGAUCUCCAUCAUCUUCUCCAAGAAGUCUGCGAGCGCACUGGGAGUCAGGGAUUUCAUUGAGGAGGGAGUGGUGGAUUAUGCCAAGAAGAACCCUGGGACUGUUGUUUAUAUUUCUCCUCAGCCCUGUAGUAUCCCUAAAGUAGUUGCAGAGUACUUAAAUGGUAACACAAAGGAGGAACUGCUCACCAACAAAACGUCGCAGCAGGUCUUAGAGGUUCUCACCAAACUGACCAACCAAUCUGGCCAGGACAUCAUCCGCAUCCGCAAACCGUUUCACACUGACAGUCCCAGCAUCCAGGGCCAGUGGCACCCGUUCACGCACCGCCCCCCAUCUGUCGGCCUCAUCAGACCUCAGAACCAACACGGAGAAUAAAGACUUCCUAAUGUUAUUGUUUGGACAGUUUCCAGAAACUAAUGAGGCUUGUCUUCAGGUUAUAUCCUGAGGGUCCUGCAGAGAAAACCCAGUUCUGACAAGUGCUGUCAUUAUGUCCGCCAUCCAUUUUGUUAGGAGCAAGAUACAUUUGAAGCUAGCACGUUUAAUGUUAAUGUUUUUUAUAAAACAAAAUGUAUAUAUAAUGCAUUGUAUUGAAAUAAAAGGCAAUCAAAAUAAA